UUUGCUCGGACGGCGAGUUUGUCCAUAUUAAUAUUGACUUAACUGCAAAAUAGUCUAACAAAAAGGAAAGAGACUUUCCAAAAGAAAGAUACGUUGCGAGUGAUAUACCUUGAGUUCAACCCUUACUUUAGCUUAUGACGCAAUUCACAUGCGUUGGCAACUUUGCCAGCGGAAUGGCGCUAUUUUUCAUCAGCUUUCCAGCCAAUUGACUUGUUUGUUUGAACUUUGAACGUGCAAAUUUUCCAUUGUCAUGUGUCAAUGGCCCGCCGUCAGUGUUACCGAACACCGUUGGUUCCCGCCACCCAUUUUCCACCCCAUUUCCAACACCGAAAGUCUUUGCUCUCUGCUGGAGCCUGAGUCAAAUCACUUGCAAUUUGACUAGACGAUGUCGCGACAUUUUUUUGUUCUUUCAACGCUUUGUUUUUAUUUUCGACUUGGUUUUUGUAUUUUGAAGAUUUUUUUUGGUGAUAAAUUUCCAUUGCUGCGUGCGGGUCACUCGGCUGGAUUUAUUUUAAACUUUUCUCGGUUCUUCUUGCCGGCUCCCUUUCAUUUUUUUUCAGCGGUGAUCCCACGGUAAACUGAAACCUGACAGUUUUCUUAUUUAUUUAUUCGCUGAGAAAUUGCAUAGACAAAGUCGCGGCGCUUUUCCGCCGGCGGACCUUGUGCUCUCAGAUUAAGCCAACUUUAUCAACUUAAUUUGUAUACAAAUUCAUAUAUUUCAAAAUAUUUUCACCUGCCGCUUUUCCUUUUCCUUUAGCUCGGCUCUGGUUCAUUUUUCACUGCCAUUAUGGCCUGCGGAAAGUUUUCGCGAUGUGUCCUUGCUGUUUGAAAAUAUUGUAUUUGAAACUUUGUGAAAAGUAGCAAAUGCUCUUUGUCAGUGGCGUUGGCACUUUCCCUGCGAAGGGGGGAGGGGGCUUGGUAUAGGCACGUGCCAUAAGCCAUUUGUCAACAAGAAAAACUGAUUGGAUUCCACGGCUAAGUGCGGUGGUUUUUGGUCCUCUAGUUUGGCCGAGAAAACGCUUAGAAGCAAAAUGUAAUCACACUUGGUUAACGCCAGUGAGUGGAGUGCGGCAAAUGAAAAUGAAGAUGAAGUUGGGAGAGCUGGAUAGACAGUUGGAGGGAAAACAAAAGAAAAUCAAGGGCAAAGCCGUUAAAAGGAAAGCAAUUCAAUAAUAAUUGCGUAGCCCCGUUUCGACAAAGUUUGCCAAUUAAUGUGGAAAAUGCCUGAGGUCAAACGAAUCCCUUUGCAAAAGUGACGCAGAAAGAUACGUUUCCCAUUUGAUGCCCGCAAUCACGGAUGCCAACUAAGAAAGUGAGUGAGGCGAUAUAACUCACGGAUAUGCAAAUGCCGAGGUGGGCGUGGCCGGGGGCGUGCCGCAACAAGCAAAUGCGAGAAGCCAAACAAUAGAGACAGAGUCAUCCAAUUAGAAAGGCCCUACAGAAUCGAAUAAUAUAUAUACACAUAUAUUUAAGCACGAUAGGCAUCUCUGCCAAGAUGGCUGGCCAUCAGUCGCUGGCUCUUUUGUUGGCCACGCUAAUUAGCAGCUGGCCAAAAGCCUCUUGGGGCGCCACUGGAAACGGUAGCAUCAUAAGCGCCAGCAACAGUAGUGGCAACAACUAUGCAUUCACCUCGGAACACACGGAUCACUCGGACCACAAUGCCAACGACUCCAUGGAAUAUGACGCGGAGAGUGUGGCCCUCGAACGGAUCGUAUCCACAAUAGUUCCGGUCUUCUUCGGCAUUAUCGGAUUCGCAGGACUUUUGGGCAACGGUCUGGUUAUUCUGGUGGUUGUGGCCAACCAGCAGAUGCGCUCCACCACCAACCUGCUGAUUAUCAACCUGGCCGUCUCGGACAUUCUGUUCGUCAUCUUCUGUGUCCCGUUCACGGCCACCGAUUACGUGCUGCCGGAGUGGCCGUUUGGCAAUGUGUGGUGCAAGUUCGUCCAGUACAUGAUUGUGGUUACGUGCCACUGCAGUGUUUACACGCUGGUGCUGAUGUCCUUUGAUCGCUUCCUGGCCGUCGUCCAUCCCGUGACUAGCAUGUCCCUGCGAACGGAGCGCAAUGCCACACUGGCCAUCAUGUGCGCCUGGAUAACGAUUGUGACGACUGCGAUUCCGGUGGCACUUUCGCACUCGGUGAGGAUUUAUCAGUACCACGGAAAUGCUGGCACCGCUUGCGUCUUUUCCACGGAGGAGGAGAUCUGGAGUCUCGUCGGUUUUCAGGUCUCAUUCUUUCUAUCGUCAUAUGUGGCACCCUUGACGCUGAUUUGUUUCCUGUACAUGGGAAUGCUGGCUCGUCUUUGGAAAAGUGCUCCUGGCUGCAAGCCAUCCGCAGAGUCACGCAAGGGAAAACGGCGCGUCACCCGAAUGGUUGUUGUUGUCGUAUUGGCAUUCGCCAUCUGCUGGCUGCCCAUUCAUGUCAUCCUCGUGCUGAAGGCACUGAAUCUUUAUGGAGGCAGCCACUUGUCGGUCAUUAUCCAGAUUAUAUCCCAUGUGGUGGCCUACACGAAUUCCUGCAUCAACCCCAUACUGUAUGCCUUUCUGUCCGAUAACUUUCGCAAGGCAUUCCGCAAGGUGGUCUGGUGUGGAAGUCCGCCUCCUCUGAUGACUAAUCAACAGGUGACCAAGACCACGCGCACUGCAACCGGAAACGGAACGUCCAAUAUUGAAAUGCUCUAAGCGGCUCUUGAAAGUAAACUAAUUGAGAUGGUCACACCAUUUUUGAAGGCGACUUACAAACUCGAAACACAAAAUGUGAAUUUAAAACUAACAAAGAACACAAAAACAUUAAAACGCGGCGCAUAUAAGUUAACUAUAGUGUAUAUAUAGUAAACAAUGUAUGUCUAUGAGGAGAAUAUAAUUUUCCGAAUUAUGAAAUGUGAUUGUUUUGAUAGUUUGAAAUGUGUACGCAUUAUUUCCCUAAAAAUAAGUCAACCGCAAGGUAUAUUAUAAACACAUAUAUUCUAUGUUAAAUUUUAAUACGAUUGGAUUCUUAUAAAACUUUGAGCGCCGUGUAAGUUUCAUUUGUGACCUAGAACUUAAGUAUUUAACAUAAAAUUUAAUUUUUCAAAAAUAAUAAUAAAAAGAAGAAAGUUAAACAGAUAUGCUGUAAAUUUCCUGAGACAGAAAUUGAUGAGAGUUGACACACUAAUUAAUGAAUAGAAUUGAUAGGCAGUGGGAUUUCUGUAACAAUUUGUAGAUUUCCGUGUUAUAAGCAAUUCAUACGUCAUUUAUUCAUUAAGCGUUUAAUAAUACAAAAUUAUUAUUAACAGAAAAGACAGAAAACAAAAGUUAUUACCGAUUUACAUGACCAUAUUGAGAAGAUUAGAUUUAACAAUACAACCUUUGGAAUUUAAAUGAACGAUUUUCGAAAACAAAUUGUUUUUUCUGUUUUCCAUUGAAAAAAUAUUUUGUUGGGCAGAGAAGCACAAAGAUAGAAGAAAUUUAUAUAGCACGUAAGAAAGUUUUUUUAAUUACCAGAGCUGUAAUUUAAGAUGCAGGUAAAUGUUUCAGAUUUGAGGUCUAAUAGAAUUAUUCUGGUACUAAUUUCUCGUACCAACGCAGCUCAAUUUCAUAGAAAUUAUCCUUUUCGUUAUGCAAAUUUAAUCAAUCGUUAAUUAAAUUAGAUUAGAACCAAAAAACUGCAAAUAAAUACAAUGCUUUCAUCUGCAUAAAUAAUAAAAACAUUCCAUUUCCUACUCCAAUUAUUAUUAAAUCACAAAUUAGACAAUUGUUGACCAUGCGAAGUUGGUAAACGUUUAAGUUAAUCAUGUAAAUUACACGUAUAUAUAGGUACAACAAUUUAUACACAUUUGACUAUUAUAUAAGUGACAUUAAUAAAACAUUUAUAUUGCUUUGUUGACUUUUUAUUUUGCUUGGCUUCGGCCUUGCCGAAUUUAAAUGUGGCACAAAAAAGGAUAUACGAAAAUGGGAGUAGGUGUUCCUAGUGAAAAACUACUCGAAAGCUGAAAUAUGGAACAUAAAAUAUUAAAAACCGAAAUUUUCUUAAAUUAAUUUCUAGAUUAGUUUACUCGAUUUUUAUGAAAGCAAUUCAGAUUGCACAAAUAUACUACUAAAUCAAUUGGAAACACAUGCUCCCAUUUCAGUAUGCUACUGUAUUUAACAAAUAAAACUAUUGUAACUAUAUAUAAGCAUAUGUAUAGCAACAUAAAUGCGUAUAUAUAUAUAUAUAUAUAUGUAUUUAUAUUUGUAUUUGUAAAUGUAUUCUACUGCAUUCCUAGCACAGUUGUGGAAUUGAACAAUAUUUGAAUUUAGAAGGAAAACAACCGAGAAAUAAUGGCAAAAUUGAACAGAAGAAAAGUUUAAAUAUUCUAACUAUAAGCGUAAAAUAAAAAAAGUUUUUUUGUGUACCCUGUAGGGUAUUCGCUAGCCGCCUAUUCUCACGAAAAUCGCAACAAAACUAGCGCAUAAAAAAUGCAUUACGAAAUGUACUCAUCAUUUUCCCAUUUCAUUUAUGCAGCAAAUAGUUUAUUGCGUAAGAUGAAAAGCGGAACUUAUUGUAUUUGUAUAUGAAUGUAUAUGUACAAUAACAUUUGUUCAUUGUGUUAAAUAAAAUUGAUGACUCUGUGUACACAAUA